AUGAGUAGUCCAAGAGCGAUACAAGUGGAAGAAAUUCCUCUUUGGAAUGUUUUGAUUGAUGUAACCAUUAUAGCUCUCAGUCUGUCUUCGACAAUGAUAUUCGUAAAAAAUGUAAAAGCUUUUAAAGGAGGUUUCUUUUGUGAUGAUGAUACAAUACGUUAUCCUUAUAAGUCUAGCACAAUAAGCAUAGGUCAGCUGUAUGCUGUUGCUGUUCUACUCCCCGUGAUUACGAUGUCGGCGGUGGAGCUGUGGAUUCAGCACCGCCAGAAGCUGAAGCGCAACGUGCUGCUGGCCGGGUGGAUGGUGCCGGAGUGGAUAUUUCGGCUGGUGCGGCAAAUCCUUCUCUUCGGUUACGGCCUGGGCGCCGUGGAGAUCAUGGUGAACGUGGGCAAAUUCACCGUGGGCCGUCUACGCCCGCACUUUCUGGACACUUGCAAACCCAACAUGUACCUCGAGAACCGAAUCCGAUGGUCUGAGCGAGCGGUCGUCGCGAAGACAGCAUUUGAAACGUUGAUUAUAAUGUCGGCGUGGUACACAGCGCUUACGAGGAUCUCUGAUGCAAAACAUCACUGGCAAGAUGUGGCUGCAGGUUCCCUUAUGGGAACUGUUGGCGCCUUGAUUUGGGUGUGGCGGAUUUUGCGCGUGCAGCCUGAAUCCGACAGUGGCGCUGCUGACGGGAACAACAGCGCUUCCAACACCAACACCUACGUUUUCUCGGCGGACGAAAGCAGCCCUAAACGCAAGAUCUGA